ACGAGGAAGUCCCCCUUAGCAGAUCGAAACUUCAGAAUCUCCGAGGAAAUUCCACCAGCAUUGUCACUCAAAGAUUGCUGUGUUGGCAACUCACACCAUCACAAUGAGGGGCAAGGGAGGAAGCCACUGUUUCCUCUGACAUUUACUGCAGCCAGGACGUCUAAGCCGUAACGUGCAACCCGAGUUGGCGUUUGUUGUGAAUCGCUGCUGAAGUACCGUGCUGAAGUGAGCCUCCAUCGCUAGACAAUGACAGCUAGCACAGCCAGCUACCUCUGGUCCCUGGACGACGUCCUGGGGCAAGGAGCCACCGCCAGCGUUCACAAAGCCCGAAACAAAAAGACCGGAGAGCUGGUGGCGGUGAAAGUGUUCAACAUGCUGAGCUACAGCCGGCCCUACGAGGUGCAGAUGCGCGAGUUCGAGAUGCUGCGGCGACUCAACCACGUCAACAUCGUCAAGCUCUUCGCCGUGGAGGAGAUGCACAUGAACCCGAAGCAGAAGGUUCUGGUGAUGGAGUACUGUUCUGGAGGGAGUCUGCUGAACCUGCUCGAGGAACCCGAGAACGCCUUUGGGCUGCCGGAGGCCGAGUUCCUCGUCGUGCUGCAGUGUGUGGUGCACGGGAUGAACCAUCUGCGGGAGAACGGGGUGGUCCACCGCGACAUCAAGCCGGGCAACAUCAUGAGGCGGGUGGGGGAGGACGGGUGCUCCGUCUACAAACUCACCGACUUCGGGGCGGCGAGGGAACUGGAGGACGAUGAGAAGUUCAUGUCCAUCUACGGCACAGAGGAGUACCUGCACCCUGACAUGUACGAGCGAGCGGUUCUCCGAAAGCCUCAGCAGAAGACCUACGGUGUGACGGUGGAUCUGUGGAGCAUCGGGGUGACGUUCUACCACGCAGCCUCCGGUUCCUUACCGUUCAUUCCCUACGGAGGCCCGCGCAGGAACAAGCAGAUCAUGUAUAAGAUCACCACGGAGAAGCCCACCAGAGCCAUAGCGGGGCAGCAGCGGGUGGACGAGGGGCCCAUCGAGUGGAGCUACCAGCUGCCCCGCCAGUGCCAGCUCUCAGAGAGCCUGCAGGGGCAGCUGGUGCCCGUGCUGGCCGGCAUCCUGGAGGCCAAUCAGGAGAAGUGCUGGGGCUUUGACCAGUUCCUGGCCGCCACCACCGACAUCCUCCACCGCGUCACCGUCCACCUCUUCUACCUGCAGCAGGCCACGGCACACACCAUCUACAUACACUUUUACAACACUGCCUCCGUGUUCUUUGAGGAGGUGCAGGCCCAGACUGGGGUGGAUGUGGAGCUGCAGUGGUACCUCCACCAGGGCCACCCCUUGCUCCUGGAGCCGGGGAUGAAGGUGGUGAACCUGCCCCCCACCACGCCCCAGCGGCCCCUCCUCCUCCUCAGCCGCCGCCCCGACAAGAUCAAGGAGCACACGUACAGACAACCGGAGGCUCCAGUCAUCCCCACCAGGUUUGAUGUGACGGCCGACUACCACUUCACUAAGGCCAUGGUGGGAGUAAUCCACCAGUACAUGAGAUUGACCCGGUCCUUACACAUGUCCCGAGACCUGAUUCUGCAGGGCUUCUACAGCUACAUAGAGAACUCACGAGUGGAUUGUAAGGCGGCCAUGCCAAAGAUCUCCAUCAUGAUCAUCAAGCUGCAGACCUGCCUCAACUCAGAAGACAAGAUAGACAGUCUAAGCCAGUAUCACACCAACCUCUCAGAGCACACGGACAACAAGAGGAGACUAGGACAGGUCCAGAAGAACCUUCCUGCGUACGCCAACGGGAUCAAAGAGUUCCAGAACAAACUGGACCACCUGCAGGUGGAACUGGCCAAGCUCUCUGAGGCGCUCGCUGAGGACAAGAGCAUCAAGAAGAUGGAGAUCCUCCUGGAGAAGAUCGUGCGGAUUCACCAGCAGUACCGCAAGGACCGCUCCUCUGGCAAGCUGAGCUACAAUGACGAACAGAUCCACAAGUUCGAGAAGAUCAACCUGUCCACACACAUCAAGAAGGUCAAGUCCCUGUACAGAGACGACUGCCUGCAGAGGCACCACGACAUGCUGGUGUCUGCGGAGAACUGGACCAGCGUACUGCAUGAGAUCCAGAGCAGACUCCGAGACUUCAGCACCUUCUUCACCCAGCUCAUGGACGACCUGCAGACCUGUGAGGAUGAACAGAACAAGUUCCUGGAUGAGACUCUUCAGCAAGUCCUGCACAGUGCUUCUGGGUCAGAGGGCAUGGACAGAGACCAGUUGGUCCUCAGGAUGAACCGUCUGAAAGAUGAGAUGGAGACUGUUGCUAGGGAGCUCCAGUCUAACAACAGGAUGAUCGAGAGUUUGGGAGCAGGGAAUUCUGGGAUGGCGCUCCUGCCAGAUAUCCCUCAACCCAAGGGGAUGUGAGGAGAAGAGACACACAGCUCAACCCAAGGAGAUGUGAGGAGGAGAAGAAUCAGAAUCAGACACACAGCUCAACCCAAGGAGAUGUGAGGAGAAGAGACACACAGCUCAACCCAAGAGGAUGUGAGGAGGAGAGACACACAGAGGAGAAGAGACACACAGCUCAACCCAAGGAGAUGUGAGGAGAAGAGACACACAGCUCAACCCAAUGAGAUGUGAGGAGGAGAGACACACAGCUCAACCCAAGGAGAUGUGAGGAGAAGAGGCAGCUUCGGUGGACAUGUGCUGUCCCCUGUCUGUGGACAUGGGACCACAGAGCGAGAGGGACGACUAGGGGGACAGACAGAAGACAAUGGACCGGACACAGACUGCCACAAACAACAAACCAACACGCCAGUACCAACCCAGAGACCAGCUGAUUCUGGAACCGACCCGUCUCCCCUCCGUUACAGACCCAGACCCACCCACAUGCAGAACGGUUCUGUUUCACACUCACAAGCUAUCUGGAACGCUCCAUACACACACACACACACACACACAUUCCUACCUGUUGGUUGUUUUACAAUGACUUUUGUACAGUUUUGUAUGCCUUAACCCUCAGCUUGUGCCAAACAGAAGAUGCUGGGCAAGCCCGUUCUCCUCCAGUCAGCACUCUCCUGCAGCCGCAUAAGUGCCCAUUGAUGAGGCAUAAAUACCCAGAAUGCCCAUAAAUACCCAUAAUGCCGUCUGCAUUUUGCUAACUGAAGGUGCUGAUAAUGACUCGGCCCUCUAUUAAAGUGUCCCCUGUACGGUACAGGCUCUUAAAGCUGCCAGAGCCACGGCAUUGAUUCGGUUUCUGACAAACAGCCGUGCCGAGGCACUCUGGUAAUUACUUCAUCGGCCUUGAGAAAGGCCACGCGCCGCGCCGACGGGAGCGCCCAAGCUCACGGGGAGAGGAGGAGGGCGUCCGAGUGAAUCUCCCUGGCUUUUGUGCUUAGAGAGUGUCUUCGUUAAAUGAUGUGUCACAAUGCAGUGUACUCAAUAAAACGAGAGGAGUGGAGCUAUG